AAUGACAAAUCAGCCAUUCUCUUCACAUUUCUGUUAACAUUUAACAUUCCGUUCAUCAGCCCUUCCUUCGUGUCUGAUGUGGCCAUUUUUUGGCUGAAAUGGAUGUUGAGGUGGAGGCACAUCUGGACAAAUCACUUAAAAUUAGCAGAUUAGACCAAAAUUCUUGGCGGGAUGGCGGAUGGUUUGCAAAACCCCUGAGGCGCGAGAAAUUGGGACUUUUUCUGGGGUUAACAAAAAGAUUAUAAGUUUGAUUUACAAGGCUGAAUAUACCAGAGUGAUGACCAUUUAUCAUGGGGGAACUUUUGAGCCUAGCCCACCCAUUGAUUAUGUUGGUUGUAAGUUGUCUUCAUUUGGUGUGCAUGAAGAAAAAGUUUCGGUGGCUGAAAUAAUUAGUAUGGUGCAUGGGUUAGGAUAUGAAAAUGUUUUUGCCAAUUCCAUCUAUUACAAGUCCCCUCUUCUUAAAUUAGAAGAAUUGAAGUCACUUAUCCAUCCAGAUUGCAUUGAUGACAUUGUUAGUAUUAUUUGGAAGACUUGUGAAGUAGAGUUAUAUGUUGACCAUGACAGUGGAGGUCAAAAUUCUGUUGAUAAGUUGGUUGGUGAUGUGCAUGGAUUUGGUAAAGGUAUUAAUGAAAUAAUAAAUGAAGAUGUGGGGGCCAUUACCCAAGAUGCCAAUGAAAUUCCUGCACCUAUAAAACACCAUUAUGAUUUUGCAGCUCAUGCAUAUACUGAUGACUCUACUAAUGACUCUAUUAAUGACUUUAUUGAUGAAGAAAAAGAAAGUGAGUCAGAGUUGGAAGAUGAUUUUGCUAGUCCUGUUGGAACUGAUAAAGAUGAUGAGGAAUGUGUUGCUAUUUUUAAUAAAGCUAAAUCAUUAUUAAUAAGUACAAGGGCUGUAAAUCUAGUUGAGUAUAGAGGUGAAAAGCAAACUGUUAUUGAGGAGCAUGGAGAAGGUGAGGAGCAACAAGUGGGAACCGGAGCAACUUCUAAUCAUUCUAUUGAUGCAUUAACUUUUAAUCCCUCUACAGAAGCAGCAACUUCCAAUAUUUCUAAUGUUGAUAAGGAAAGGGCAAGGAAGGAAAGAGCAGCUGCACUUAGUAGGAGGUACAAGACUCUUAAUAUUGCUAAGGUUGCUGUUAAGGGUCCAGCUACCUCUACUUUCACUAGCCAUGUGUUGCAAUCUCAAUUACCUAUUGAUAAUCAUCAAUAUUCUGACGAGGAAGAUAAAGACAAUGAAGGGAGAAAUAGUGAUGAUCCAGGCUGCUUGUACUUGGAUCCCUCUUCUGAAGAGGAAGAUGAAUUUAAUGUGGCAAUUGACUUACCUCCAAUGGGACCAACUGCUAUUUACUUCAAUCCAGAGUGGGAAGUUCCUUGGUUUGAAGUAGGAAUGAGAUUUACAAAUGCAAACCAGUUUAAGGAUGCCAUUAGAAAGUAUUCAAUUAUGAAAAGGUGUAAGCUGAAGCCUAUAAAAAAUGAGCCUCGCAGAUUGAGAUACCGCUGUACAGGUGUAGGUUGUGACUGGGAAAUUUUUGCAUCAAUGGACAAUAAAGCUAAUUGCAUUCUGGUGAAGACAUACAAAAUAGAGCAUGGCUGUUCCCAGACAAGUAAAAUUUUUGCCAUGACAAUGCAUGAACUUGCAAAGUAUUGGAAAAGAAGGAUUCGGGAAACUCCUUUCAUAGCAUGCAAGUUUAUGAUGGAACAAACAUAUGCAGAGUUAAGGGUGGCUGUGCAUUUUGACAAGUGUGUGAGGGCAAAAAGAAUGGUCAUGAAAAAGCUACAAGGCAAUUUUAAAGAUGAGUAUGCCAUGCUACCUAGUUAUGGGGCUUACUUGUCAAGCCUAAAUCCUGGUAACACAAUUGAAAUUGUUAAGGAUAUGAAUGAAAAUGGUGAAUGUGUCUUCGAAAGAAUUUAUGUUUGUUUAGGGGUUGUGAAAGAAGGUUGGAAAAAUGGAUGUAGAUAUGUGUUAGAGGUGGAUGGCUGUUUUUUGAAAGGAGUUUGCAAAGGUGUGCUGUUAUCUGUUGUUGGCCGGGAUGGAAACAAUCAAAUGUACCCUGUGGCUUGGGCCAUUGUUGAGGGAGAAAACAUGGAUUCAUGGGAGUGGUUUUUCUGGUUAUUAAGGACAGAUUUGGAUUUAGAUAGUGGUAAAAACUUUACCUUAAUAUCUGAUGAACAUGUGGGAAUUAAACAUGCUCGAGAUGCUGUAUUUCCUGAUUCAGAGCAUAGGUAUUGUGCUCGUCAUAUUUAUUGCAAUUUGGCUAAGAGAAGUAAUGUUCAUAAGACUGAUGAGUUCAAAAUUGCAUUUUGGAACUGUGCAAAAUCGACAUUUCCAGAAAUCUGGAGAGAGAAUAUGGUGAAACUAAGGGUAGUUUCAGAUGAAGGUUAUGCUUAAUUAAUGGAAAAGGAUGGUAAUAUUUUUUGUUAUAUUUUCCUGGUAUAUUUUCCUGUGUAUGUAAUAUUUUCUGAUAUAUUUUUCUGGUAUAUUUUCUUGUGGAGGUAAUAUUUUCUGAUAUAUUUUCCUGGUAUAUUUUCCUGUGUAUGUAAUAUUUUCUGAUAUAUUUUUCUGGUAUAUUUUCUUGUGGAGGUAAUAUUUUCUGGUAUAUUUUCCUGUGCAGGUAAUAUUUUCUCCUGUAUAUUUUUGUGGUAUAUUUUCUUGUGUAGGUAAUAUGUUCUAAUAUAUUUUCCUGUGUAUGUAAUAUUUUCUGGUAUAUUUUUUUGGUUUCAGUUUAGAUUUGUUAUUUAUGAGAGACAUAAACAAGCAAAGAAAUUAUCUUUGUUAUUAAAAUAGUUUUCUAUGC